UGCUUUGCGGGACAGUCAUUCUAAUUCGAGGCCUGGCUGACUGCAGACGCACUCGGAUCCACGGAAUCGAAGUGGGAAUCGGAAUAGCACACAUAUUUGGAAUUAGGAUCGAGGCGGGCAGUGGACACAUCGGACGGCUAAUCAAACGCAUUUUGGCCAAGUGUCGGGCGGUGACAGGCCAGACAGACCGAUAUACAGACUCUCUAUGCCAAUCUCUAAUGAAGCAGUGUUUUAGCUAAACAGUUUAAUUUUGGCUAUCGAAACGAGUUUCCAGCUUCCAGCUGUGUGUGCGAGUGUGUGUGUGUGUGUUGUGGCAGGCUCAUUUGUGAAAAUAUUUAAUUUGCGGCUCAACUCUGUGGCAAGACACAUUUUCACCUGAAUUGCAAUCAAGUGCAAUUAUCAAACGAACAGCCACAGAAGACAAAAACAAACAUAGAGAUAAUCACCAUGGCUGGGCAGACAUCAAACACCACUCCGCUGCUGGACCUGCUGCUGAUCGACAGUCAAAGCACCACCGCUGCAGCGCCGCCGGCAAGGGCUCUCUAUGCGAAUCGGAACCGUUUGAUCUUCAGCCUCAUUGUCAUGGGUCUGGGAGUGUUUGGAAAUUCGCUGGCUCUGGUUAUUUUGGCGCGCAAAAAGCACAACAAGAACAGCAAAUAUACGCUCAUGUUGCGCUGCCUGGCCACCAACAAUCUGGUGGCGCUGUUGGGUAUGCUGACCACUUCGUUGCUCAAAUAUAACAUGUACAAGGAGGGAGAUCACUCGGACAUGCGGCUGGACUGUGUGGGGCAUGUAGUAUGGCGCUUUUUUGGCCUCAGCUCUGGAUGCAUUGCAGCCGUAAUGGCCGCUGAACGUUGGAUGGCGCUGGCCCGACCCUUUAUCUACCACAAGCACAUCACCUAUGAGUUGAUCCGGAAGAGCAUCAAUAGCAUUGUGAUUGCGGCCUUGAUCAUCACCUUCCUGCCCUUUGUGGGCUUUGGUGCCUACAUGGACGAGUCGAAUCCGGACAGAAUGAAGUGCAUACGCUACCGUGAUGCCGAAGGCUUCUGGAACAAGGCCUACGCCGUGGUAUUUAUGGUCUUUGGCACCCUUCUGUGCAUCGUGAUCGUGACCUGCAACCUGUUCGUGGCGCACACCCUGCUCUGCGUGAUUGGUAAGAGUCGAACGGCCAAGCGGCACAUGCACUACGACUUGGUGGGUCGCGACAAGGCCAGUGUGCAGAGCAUCGAUCCGGAGAGCAGCAGCGGUACCACACUCUACCAGACACAGUACAGCACUGGCAGCGGCGGCAGCCAUCACAGUGCUCCACACAGGCAGUCAUCUCGGCAGUUCCAGCACAGCGUCAGCGUAACGAUGGCAGGCACAGAAUCCUCGCCAGUGGAGAUCAAGUUUGCCAAGCUUAUGGCGUUUCUCAGCAUCUCAUUCGUCAUCUGCUGGAUGCCACAGAUGAUUGCCAUACCCUUGGCCAUUGCACCGGAUCGAGUUGACAAGAAAAACGUGUUCUUUCUUAUUGCGGAUGUCCUCACAGCGCUGCACUUCACUUCAGAUCCGUACAUCUAUGUGCUAAGUCGCUCCAAGUCCAUCAACUGGUCCCUGCUGAGUUGCAUCAAGCGCUGGCGCAGCGGCUGGCGACAGGGCGGACUGCGUCGCUCCCAGAGCGAUCAGAGUCGGAUGCGCACCACAAUGACCGAAGCUAAUACUCUCGACUGUAACUUUAAUUGAGAUUCCACAACCAGCACUUUCCCUGCACCGAAGUACUUAACUUUAACUUUAAACGUAGGUUCUGUUUGUGUGUACACCACUCUCUAAGGAUCCCUUUUCUAGUCGUGUAAGCUGUAAAUAAUAUACCUUACUUUGAACGAGUAUUACCAUAUCAAGGCUUCUCACUUUCAUCACAUAAUCUAAGAAUCGAAAAGCGAUUUGAUCAACAAUAUGUACAUAAAUAUGUGUAAUUAUUGCAUUUGUAUAAUAAAGUGUCUAUUGUAUA